UCUAGUGAUCCACCUACUAAGUCUAGUGAACCACCCACUAAGUCUAGUGAUCCACCUACUAAAUCUAGUAAUCCACCUACUAAAUCUAGUGAUCCACCUACUAAAUCUAGUGAUCCACCUAUUAAGUCUAGUGGUCCAACAACUAAGUCUAGUGAUCCACCCACUAAGUCUAGUGGUCCAUCCACUAAGUCUAGUGAUCCACCUUCAAAGUCUAGUGAUCCAUUUACUAAGUCUAGUGACCCACCUACUAAAUCUAGUGACCCACCCAGUAAGUCUAGUGAUUCACCCACUAAGUCUAGUGAUCCACCCACUAAGUCUAGUGAUCCUCCCACUAAGUCUAGUGAUCCAUCUACUAAGUCUAAUGAUCCACCUACUAAGUCUAGUCAUCCACCCACUAAGUCUAGUCAUCCACAUACUAAGUCUAGUGAUCAAUCCACUAAGUCUAGUCAUCCACCCACUAAGUCUAGUCAUCCACACAUGAAGUCUAAUGAUCCACCUAUCAAGUCUAGUUUCACAAACUACUUCAGUUUUUAUAAGAGAACCCUGGAAAAGGAAUUACACUUUCUAGGCCUCAGGGCCACAGUGCACACCUGA